UCUCUGUCUCUCUCUCUAUCUCUCUCUCUCUAUCUCUCUCUGUCUAUCUCUCAGGACUGAUAAUGUGGAACCUCAGUGAUGGUGAGUCUGACCGUAACGGGUCGUUCUCUGGAGAGGACUGUGAGGUCGAGCAGGCUCUGGGCAUCGUGCUGGCCGUCAUGAUGGCUCUGGUGGUCUUCUCGCUGGGCUGCUCGGUGGAGGUGGUGAAGGUGUGGAUGCACGUGCAGCGCCCGUGGGCCAUCCUGCUGGGGCUGCUGUGCCAGUUCGGGCUCAUGCCCCUCACCGCCUACCUGCUGGCACUGGGCUUCUCCGUCACGCCCGUGCAGGCCAUCGCCAUCAUCAUCGUGGGCUCCAGCCCCGGAGGAAGCACCUCCAACUUCAUCACCUACUGGCUGGAUGGAGACAUGGACCUCAGCAUCACCAUGACGAGUAUCUCCACUGUGCUGGGGCUGGGCUCCAUGCCUCUGUGCCUCUAUAUCUACUCCUACUCGUGGAUGCAGACGGGAGGUGUGCAGAUCCCGUACCUCAACAUCGGAAUCGCGUCCAUCACGCUGAUUGUUCCUGUGCUGUUCGGAGUGCUGGUCAACUACAAGUGGCCGAAAAUAGCAAAAAUUAUUUUGAGGGUCGGCUCCUUAGUGGGCGGGUUGGUGAUGUUAGCAGUUGGUGUGGCUAGUUCUGUGUUAUGUGAUGACCUGUGGAGCUCAGACACCUCUAUUCUUGUGAUUACUGCCAUCUUUCCCCUGAUUGGCUACCUGGCUGGAUUCGUUAUCACCGCUAUAGCCCAGCAGCCAUGGAACCGGUGCAGAACCAUCUCCAUGGAGACGGGAGCCCAGAACAUGCAGCUGUGUGGGGUGUUUCUGCAUCUGUUCUUCCCAUCAUCUGACGUGGUCACUCUGCCUGUCCUGUACUACUGCUUCCAGCUUCUCAGUGGCCUCCUGCUGGUCACAGCCUUUCAGAUUUACAAGAGGAUCUCAGAGGAUAAACGUGGCAACCUUCCAGCAAAGAGAGAGAUCAUCAAUGAACUUGAUUUUAAAGAAAGACGCUGCCUGACAGAGUGAGAGUGCAGCUCACUCUCUCUGACUCACUCUUCACUGAGACGAGAGGACAGACUGAGCGCAAAGUGCAGAGUCUAACUCUCGAUCCAGACCAUGUCAGUGUCUGUGAGCAGGAGAGGAGACACUUUAUCAUCGUUUGACUUUGAUGGAAAGUUAUUGUUGUGUUUGCAGCAGCAGCGGAAAAAAUACUUAAAGCUGCACUGUGAAUGAUUGAUGAUGAUGAAACUGACAGAGGCAGCGUCACAGAGUCGGGAGAAAAAGCUUUCUUUACCUUUUAACAUCACACGCAGACUCAAAAAGGAGGUCCAACUCGAUGUUUUGGCCUCAAAUGAUCUCAAAAUCAGCAUCAUAUGGAUGAAGAUAUGAUAACGGUAGCAGAUACAGCGGUGUUUGAAAGUUUGUGAACCCUUCAGAAUUUUCUAUAUUUCUGCAUAAAU